CCGGCAAAGAAUUCAUCGGAUCAUAAUCUCUCAGACAGAGUGGUGGCAAGCGUGGUCUGAUUCCACCCAUUUCUGAUCUUUUUGGUCUCUUUUGGUCUGUCUUUCUUCAAAUUCUCUUUGAUCCAAAGAUGCCGCGGGGAACCCUUGAAGUUCUUCUUGUUAGCGCCAAGGGCCUCGAAAACACUGAUCUCCUGUCUAAUAUGGAUCCUUACGCCAUCAUAACUUGCCGGACUCAGGAAAAGAAAAGUAGUGUCGCAUCAGGUCAAGGAUCCGAACCAGAAUGGAAUGAAACCUUUCUCUUUACCAUUUCUGAAGGUGUUACUGAACUCAAAAUCAAACUCAUGGACAGUGACAAUCUCACUAAUGACGAUUUUGUUGGCGAAUCAACAAUCCCCUUGGGUGCUGUUCUUGCUGAAGGAAGUGUUCCAAUAGCUUCAUACAAUGUUGUCAAGGACGACAAAUAUUGUGGAGAGAUUAGAAUUGGCCUUAACUUCAAGCGUGAGGCAGGAUCUGAUGAGGGAUAUUAUCGGCAGGAGGAGAGCUUUGGUGGAUGGAGCCAAUCUUCCAGAGACUACUAGUUAAUCUCUGUCUUGAUUCGAAAUCUGUUGUUUUAAACAUUUUGCUAAACUUGGUACUACCGUAGAAUGGGAAGUAUGUUGUUUCGGAUUCAUAUUUUCUUAUUUUCAAACAUAGGAUUUGACUUCAGCAAACAAAAUGUGAUAUUCGAUGAUGUUUGUUACUUUCUUGACAUGAUCAUAA